AUGGGUUGUAAUAUAAGUAGUAUUAAUAAAAAAAAUAAUGAAGGGUAUAAAAAAGUUAAAACAUUAAGAUAUAGUGAAAAAUUUACUAUAGAUAAUGAUAAGAUAUUAAAAGAAAGAGUAUUAUUAAUGAAGGCAUCCAAACAAAUAGAGGAUGAUAAAAAUAUAAUUGAGAGAUGUGUUAAAAAAAAAGAAAUUAGUGAAAUCUUAGAAACAGGUAAAUUAAAUGAAACUAGUAGUGAUUCAACUAUUAUUUUCCCAGAAGAUGAAACAUUAUAUAAUAUACCUGAAACAAUGUCAGAUCUAGAUUAUGGAUAUGAAUUAAAAAAAAAUUAA